GUGUCGCUAUUUGCCGUGUUGCCCUUCACGUUCUUUAGUAAAGUUUCGUGUUUGCUUCUUUACAGCGAUAUUAUUGAAGAUUUUUUUGUUGUUCUUCGAGAGGACACGGAAGGCUCAGACGAGGAAGGACAGAGCGAUUUGCUUAUUUUAAACCUUUUAUUGAAGUGAAGCAGUGAUGACAGCUCCAACCUCUGCUGAAAGGAAGGUGUGCUGGGAAGCCAGAGACCAGCUUUGGCAGUGUUUAGAUGACAGCAACGACAAGAUUGAAUCCUGUCAGAAGUUCCAGAGGGAUUUUGAGGCUAAAUGUCCAGCUCAGUGGGUGAAACAUUUCACCAAACGGAGAAGCUUUCUCAAAUAUAAAGAGAAGAUGGAGAGAGAAGGGUUCACACCUGCCAAAGGCUCCAAAGAAACCUCUUGAAGGAAAGCUCCAGACGGACUUAACCGCGUCUGCAUCGGUGGAAAAGGUGCAGAGGAGCGUUCUGUGGCCCCCUAAUCAUUUGUGGACGUUAUUUAUUUGUUGGGACUAAUGCUGCAGUGGUGAAUCUGAAUAGCUGUACUUUUGAAAUGGACCCUUUUUGAAACUAUAAACAUUAAAAAAUGGUUUCAGCUGA